UCCACCGAGUCAUGAACUCGCUCUUCUCUUCUCCAUAAACAUACACUCACACACACACAAAACUGCAUUCUCUUCUCUUAUUCUUUAAGAAACCAUGAAUUCCCGUUUUGCCCCUCGCUUUUUCCCAAUCACUACCACUGAACCAAAACCCCUAAUCGGUGGCAACCACACAUCAGCACGAUUCUGCUCCCGAUAAUCAAAAAUCAAAUUUCUCGUCAUUUAUUUUAAUUUUCACCAUUUUUUUAAUUAUUAAUUUUUCUGUGAAGAUAGAAAGAGGUGCACAGUGACUACCAUGGAACCUGCCGCAGGCAAGCCCGGCUCUCUCCGGAACUAUCUUAUACGGUUACUCAUCUUAGGCGUUUUCAUCAUUGGCGUCCGUUUCGCUUACGUCAUUGCCGUCGCCGGCGAGUCCUGCAACGUCGGCGAUUUCUGCUUCUUCUCUCUGCCGGAAACUCUCAGCCUCGCCAUCGCUGGCGCCGAUUCCGGCCACCUCGCCGUUGAGUCUGAUUCCGGCGGUGGUUCCGCGCUGCCGGAGGUUUACACCAGCAAGGACUGGAUCAACGGCGUCCGUUUCUACUCGUCCGUGUUCCAGGAUCUUGUCGCCGGCGGUUUCCUCUCGCCGGAGUCGAAGUCGCUGUGCGUGGAGACUCCGACCGGGCGCGACGUCUUCGCGCUGAGGGAGAUCGGCGUCCGAGACGCCAUCGGGAUAGCGAGGAAGGCGGCGAAGCCGCUGGUAAAGUUCGGGAGGGUAGACCGGAUUCCGUUCGGCGAUGGCACCUUCGACUUCGUGUUCGCCGGCGAGGGAAUAUUCGAGAGGUCGGCGAAACCAUCGGCAUUCGCCGCGGAAAUAGCCAGGACCCUGAAACACGGAGGGUUCGCGGUGUUCCAUUUUACAAAACCUAAAGAUACGUAUAGUUUUAAUUCAUUCCUUGAUUUAUUCAAUUGUUUCAGAGUAGUGAAGUUGCAUGGCAUAGAAGGGUUUGACUUAUCAAUGCCUUAUAUACAUGAAAUUGUUUUGAAAAAUGAGUGUGGUGCUGGUGCUGGUAAAUUUGAUGUUGAAGAUUCAAAUGGAAAGUGUUAUGUUCCUGGGUAUAAGCAUGAUUUGGUUAGGAAUGCUGAGCCUUUGAUUGUAGAGGAGCCAUUGAAGCCAUGGAUUACUUUGAAAAGGAAUGCAAAGAACAUAAAGUACCUUACUUCAAUGGCUAAUAUAAACUUUAAGGAUAGGUAUUUGUAUGUUGAUGUUGGAGCUAGAAGCUAUGGCUCUAGCAUAGGGUCAUGGUUUAGGAAACAGUAUCCUAAGCAGAACAAGACAUUUCAUGUUUAUGCAAUUGAAGCUGACAAGACAUUUCAUCAGGAGUAUGGAUUGAAGAAGGGGGUCACUUUGGUUCCUUACGCUGCGUGGUUGAAGAAUGAGACCUUGGCGUUUGAGAUUCAUCGCGACCCCGGGGAGCACGUUGAGGUUAAAGGGAGGGGAAUGGGUAGGAUUCAACCUUUGCAGUCUUCUGGGGAGUUUGAUGGUGAAGUGGAAAAGAUAAGGGGAUUUGAUUUUGCUAACUGGUUGAAGAACACUGUUUCGAAGAAUGAUUUUGUUGUGAUGAAAAUGGAUGUGGAGGGUACUGAAUUUGAUCUGAUUCCGAGGUUGUUUGAAACUGGGGCUAUCUGUUUGGUAGACGAGAUUUUCCUUGAAUGCCAUUAUAAUAGGUGGCAGAGAUGUUGCCCUGGGCAGAGGAGUUCAAAAUAUGAGAAAACAUAUGACCAAUGCUUGGAGCUCUUCAAUUCUCUUAGACGAAGUGGAGUUCUUGUUCAUCAAUGGUGGUGAUUGCUUGAUAGAUGCAAGUACCUAACAAUUACUCCUAAAAGUGAAAUAGGAGGAUAGGUGGCUUGGUAGAGGUCUGAGCCACUGAAAGCAUUGUCACACCCAUGUCUGGUGCUAAUUGAAGUACUCUCUUACC